UCAGUAACUAGUAUGAUAUAGAAUAAAACAGUUAUAAAGAAUGGUUUGUCCUGAAAGAGGUUGUUACCACCAUGCAGGAAUAAGUGGUUUAACAGCAAGUGUCGCAUAUGUACAAACUCUUUUUAAUCCUUUCCUUCAUGAUGAUAUUCCAGCAAUUAUAAAAAAUCCGGAUGUACAAGGAAAAACAACGUUUAUCGAAAUAUUUCGAAACGAUUUCUGGGGAAAUUCGAUUCUUAGCAGUACAAGCCAUAAAUCAUACAGGCCACUUACAAUUGCUGUGUUCAGACUUCUUCACCGUUGUUUUGGCAACUGGCCGGUACCUUACCACGCAACUAAUAUUACCCUACAUGCACUCGUUACGUCACUGUUUACCAUUUUCUGCCAACGGUCGGUGUUUCCUCAUAUGGCGAACAGCAGUCAUGUUUCUUUAAUUUGUGGAAUUUUAUUUGCUCUGCAUCCCAUACACACAGAAGCCGUGUGCUGUGUGGUUGGGUGUGCAGAACUACUAGCAGCCUUUCUGUUCAUGACAACUUCGCUAAUGUGCUCGAAUUUUCUAUCACACAGUAAAGAAAGCAAACCAAUCAACAAAGAAGCCGUGGAAUCUCAGAACGUCGACAAGAUAACCUUAGGUGUAGGUUUAAGACGACGUACAAAAAAUAAUUUGGAUUGUAAAAUUAAAGAGCCGAAAAUAUUGGAGACCGAAAAUGACAAACCUUAUUUACCAAACACUUGCAAUAUUUUUAUAAUCCUACUUACGUCAGCGCUUGCAGUGCUUUGUAAAGAAUCAGGCUUGUCCGUCCUUGGUGUUGUCAUAGUACAUGAAUGCGUUGUACAAUAUGAGUCAUUACAAACGAAAAAAACCUCCCGCCUUAUAUGGAUUAUUCGGUGUUUCACCUACGUCACCUGGGUUUUCAUAGUUUUAAUAUUUCGUUUGUGGGUGAUGGGUUGGAGCCAACCAAUAUUUGCCGAACCCGACAACCCAGCAGCUCAUUGUGAUGACCGGCUGACGAGGUAAGAUGGUUGAUUACCAAGUUCUUGUUUCAAACUUAAGUCCGACGCCGUGGCGUAGUGGUUAGCGCGCCUGCCUGUAACCAUUAGGUAAUGGGUUCAAGGCUCGUCG